AUGCAUUUUCUGACACAGUUGGCCGCAUUCCUAUUUACAGGCCAAUUUGUGCGAUCUGCUUCAGGAUGCUCGUUAGAUAAUCAAACACAAAAUAGUAUCUUGGUGAGUAACAGUUCUAUUAAAAUCCCAACCCAGGAACAUGAUCUUCGAAUUCGCCAUCAGAAAAUAACAAACUUCUCUUACCCAGGCGAGGAAUAUUUAGAAAUAAGACCUCUUGAGAGAAACAAUAUUCUGCUCUCAUUCAAUUUCGAGUCUAACCAUUCUUGCGGAUUACAUCAUAAAGAAGGGGAUACAAUACAUUACGACACAUUUCCGAAAGCAAUUGGGUCAAUUCUUCGAGAUACGAACACGAGAGAGCUUCAUCUUCGGUUCGGCCAGGGAUGGUAUGACUCGGAUGUCUGGGGUAAACUUCCAAGACAGGGAUUUGAAAACGGAGGCAGUGGGGUUGAACUCUGGGCAUUAAUUGAGUCUGAUACGAGAGUGGAGGCCAUGACUCAAUGGAAUCAAUUGGUGAACUAUCUUUCUGGUCUUUUUUGUGCCUCUUUAAACUUCAUCGACUCUUCUUCCACCACAAGUCCGGUCACACUAUUCCAACCUGAUGAUUCCGCGCUUCUAAACAUACCUUUAAAGAGCCAACUACAUCUUUUCCGAAGCGCUCUACCAAGGGAGCCCGUGUGUACAGAGAAUCUAACUCCUUUCCUUAAGAUCUUACCUACAAAGGGCAAAGCCGGAAUAGCCUCUCUUCUCACCGGUAGAAAAGUGUUUGAUUCGGAGUGGUCAUCUAUGGCAGUUGAUAUUUUCACCAUAUGCGAAAGUCCCACCAACUGCCACUACCAAAUCAAGCAGUCCAUUGACUUGGUGAAGAAUAUUCCUCGCGUUCUUGAGAGAAAUAUUAUGCCAAUUCCAAAGCCAAUCCCGGGAGAUGAGCUUCGUUGCGAUACAUCCAAGAAGCACGAUCUCUUCCACUGCUUCCCAUUACCUGAAUCAAACAAACUUGACUUUGACCUAUGGGAUCUCUUUGGUCGUGUUAUUCACGGCGGGCCAUUAAUGGAAUCGAAGAUUUCAUCGGUUUGUGUAGAUACCGAUAGAUCCGCCUGGAACAUUACGUUGAAUGCCACGCUACCUUUAUCGGAGUUGGAAGAAACUAGAAGUGGAAAAACCUGCUAUAAUAUAGACACCGGUGCAGACUACGAUAUUCGGUUUUCGACGAACGACUCUACACAUAUAACUCCAUUAGAAAAUCCGCCAAUUUAUGCUUCCAGAUCGCUCUCAGGCUAUUCGCAAGAUAGUGGUGGUUUCAGAAUUGAUAUAUUCAAUCCAACAGACGAGGACUUGGAUGUGGUCAUUUUUGAGACGUUCCCAUGGUUUGUGAAAUUUAUAUCUUCAUACGUUGUCCAUUGCAGUGAAUGGGACAACCAUGUAUGA